GUGAUUCAAGAGCGUGCAACAGCUGUAGAAUCUGACUAAGAGAGCAUACGAAGAGGAGAGGUGUCGAGGGAAGACCGAUACUGAGAGGAAUCCUGAGAAAGUACCACCUCGAUCAGAGACACUCACGUAGCGAUCGGAUAUCGAUUACAGCUGACGAAGUACUAGAUCGCGCCGCAUUUCAAGCACUGUGAGGACAUGAAAUAAACAGCAACCCGAUUGUUCCUUUGAAUGCUCGUUAUAUUAUUUCCCACCGUGGUAACAUUUCGCAUGACCUUUUUCGUCCACUCAGAAACUACCACACGCAAAACAAUCAGCCGUUGAACUAAGUCGUUGUUGUACGUAAGGAAUUUUUCAGGGCCUGUUAUCUGUGAGAUCAUGACAAGAAAAUCGAAAUCAAGUAGAACUACUUACUCGAGGACGUAUCAACCGCAUCCCUAGGUGCAGGUAGUGCGCUGCAGGACCGCUCUUCGGAGUUGUUCUUGAACCUCAACCAUGGUGGCCGAAGACGACCACACGGACGGGCCGGUGGCCAUCUCGUUGGCGCAGCUGUACCAGGAGAUAGAUGAUGAGGAGAAACUCCUGCCCUUUGACAAGUCUCUUUUCCAGAAAAUUGGGCGCUACCAGGUGAUGUUUUCUCUCGGCCCGCACCUUGGACAGACCAAAGUGGUCCAAAUCGUAUCGAAAUUCCGGAUGCAGGUGGAAAACGUGAUGAAGGCACACCUGCUCGUGAGCGGGUCUGCGGAAACCGGCGUCAACAAGGCACAGUUUGACCCGCUGCUGGUGCGGCAGUGGUGCGGCGUGCGCGUGAACAAAGCGGGGGAGACGAAGAUCGGCGGCAUGGGCGGUGUGGACUUUUCCUGGACCGAAGAGCAGCGAGAAUACAUGUACGCGGUCUGGGAUUUGUUUCAGAACCUCGUCGAGGAGGAAGCGGAAGUAAAAGUGAACGCAAAACCAUUGGGUGGCGGAGGUGAGUUUGUGAUUCAUUGUUGUACGUUAAUAUAGUGUGUUUUUGGUCGCUCAAUGACAACAAGAUCAAAGAUCUCGAUACUGAGGAGAUUUUUACCGAGUAGACACAAGGUAAAGAAUUACGUUUUUUUUUGUCGCGCUCGAGCUCGAGGUGUCUUUUUAUGCUGGAAAUUUAUCACACAAGAAGUACAAAUCUAUGAGAAAACUUAACCCAGGUUCCGGCAAGAUGGCGAACUUCCGGCGAGUGCUACAGAGCUCCCUGGCGGAAGACGACACGCUGGCGUGUGCGGUCGUCGAGAACGAGGAAAGCUGGUCCGACAGGUUGGAGCGGAAGAUGGAGGGUCUGCGGGAAACGCACUUUGGGACGUCGAACGGCGGCCACCAGGAAAACAAGCUGCUGAUCGAUAUCGAGGCGAAGUUGAAGCGACGGCAGGAAUUCAUUGACGACACCAUGAAAAUAGUGACGUCAGAGGAGAACAUGAGCAAGGAUGCCAAGGACAAGACGAAGGUGAACACGCCGCAUCUGCGGGACUUGUUGCUGCUCUCGGACCACAUGCACAUUCUCCUCCCGGACCUGGCACGCCGCAUUGCGGAAGAGAUGCGGCCGCAGGGCGUUGGGUUGAUUCCGCGCGUGGCGCCGCACGUGAGUCAGCAGUACCGUGGGGAGCAGAAGGACUUUUUUCUGCUGGAAAACAUGCGCCGCAUUCGAUUCGAGAAGAGCAGCCUGUUUGCCGAAAUGCUGGACAAACAGCUCAACCCCGAGGAGACAAACGAGUCGGGGUUGAUGAUCGCGAAGUGUGGUGCCGGCUGUGCGUGCUGCUGAGACUGCAGCUCCCGCUCGAAUUUGAAAUAAAAUCACGACAUCGUCCUGCGCACUGGUGUCUUCUUCUACGACCGCAUAGACGUCGAGUAGCAGUUUCUUCCCGGGACGAGGUGCUUACAUAUAGCGACAAUUACUUUUUUCAUCCCAAUGAAAUCUUGAUGUACCCGUGCUCGCGCUCGAUCGCUCGGAGGACAAAAGUCAGGCAAUGUUUAACUGUUGACUCCAAUGAUUUGAAUCCCAAUCUGAAUUCAAACUUGCAAAGAGCCCCAAAACGCAGAGUAAUGAUUGAAAGAUUUGUCCACGACUCAAAACCACCCACCUCCUUUCGCCCUCAGGAGAGCCUCCUGCUAUUUACACUCGCUUGAAAAUCAAAUGCUGUCAGCACGAGUGGCCUCUGUACGGACGCAAAGAAGAAAAAUCACAGCUUGCUACUUUG